AUGUAUGCAACGCGGCCGCUUUCUCUCUUGGUGAGCAACCCGAAGGCCGUGCUAUGGCCGCCUCCGGACGGCGGGAACUCGGGUUACCUCGUCGUGAAGGACAUCGACGACGACAGCGAUGAUGAGCAGGUGUGGUGCACGGGCGGCGUCCGCAGCAGGUCUAUGGUGGAGAACCUCCCGUUCCCACAGAACCGCGUGUUCACGGUUGGGCACGACGAUGGGGACGGCGAGAACAAGGCCAAGGACACCGUGUUGUUCGUGCCCGUCCUGGACCAGCCACUCGCGUCCAACCGCUACUACCCCGUCAUCGCGUCCGGCAGAAGGAAAGGCCUCGUGAGGGCGUGCUCCCGCGAGGAGGACAUGACCCCGGGCUGCCUCGGCAUGUCCGUCAACGACGUCGAGCCGCGCCCGUUCGACCCGGCCGACAUCUACCAGCAGAUCGAGAUCGUCCAGCGCCGGAGGGGGCAGUUCACGGCCAAGGCGGUCGCGCCGGGCGGCAUCCCGUACAAGCUAUACGGCAGCAAGUACUGGCGCGCGUACGCCUCCAGGCCAAAGAACUUGGACCUCGGCGAGGCGCGGGGCAUCAACGCCGCGGUCCGGUCGCGCCAGCUCACGACGCCACGGCCACGGGCCGUGGUUGGGAGAUGGUAUUGCCCAUUCUACCUCGUCAAAGAAGGCGGCCUCUCCCCGGCGGAGCAGCUGGACCGCGCAGCGUUCUACGAGGUGACGCUGGAGCAGCGAUGGGAGCCAAUCCGCGAUGACGCCGUCUCGUCGAGGGUGCUUAUCGGCGGGAGCAUCGAGGCGAGGCAGGAGGUGUCAAGCUCAAGCUACGGUAACGGGUACGUCUGGUUCAUCUCACCAGCUACGUGGCAGAGGGUGGGAGUGUCUACUGCCAUGUGGGAGAGGAUGCGAUGGGAGGAGUACAUGGGCGGGUGGGUCGACGAGGAGACCGGGUGGGUCCCCGGACGGUCGGUGCUGGUGGAGAGGUUCGCGGUGAAGAGAAGGGACGGCAGCGUCGCCAUGGCUUUUGAGUUUGCGCACAUCAACAAGAUCACGGCGUAG